AAACUGCAUAUCACUGUACAUAUAUCAGCGUACAUUAUUGGCACAUAUAAGUAGAAUUUAGAAUACUGAUACACAGUAUACAAUUCCUGGUUCUGUAAUAUACUGAAAAAAGGAGCACCAUUUUUUCUGCAAAAAAAAUCAAAAUUAAUGUUUCCCAUGGAAUGCUUUUUCGAACAUGGAUGGAACUGACUAUUCACAUACCUGUGUGAGGGAGAGAGAGAGUGUGAGAGAGGGAGAGAGAGAGAGGCUCUGCUUUGGUUCAGUUUUGGCAAAGGAGAUGUGGGCCAUAUCUGGGCCGACAAACACAAACUAAUCUGGGCCACAGCUCAGCUGUUUAUCUGGCCCAAAUCUGGGCCAAAGUAAAUUUGCUGACUGGGGAGUGAAUGAGUUAGUGUGUCUGUGAGAGUGUUAGUAAUUGAGUGUGUGUGUGAAUGAGAGAGAGAGAGAGAGAGAGAGAGAGAGAGAGAGAGAGAGAGAGAGAGAGAGAAAUUUGCGCUCAUCCUUUGCUCCUCCUGUUUGCGUCAGAGUUUCGGUGGUGCGGAAGCAUUUACUUCUGUGUUCAUUCUCAGCGGCAACAAAAAGCUUCUAUUCCUGGAAAUUCAACCUUAACAUAGAAAAGGCAAUACAGAAGCUCAUACAGUCAGAGGAAGCAAGUGUUGGAUUCAUGUGCUCAGAUGAAACACAAUGACUACUUCCUGUUUUCUUUCUACACAAAAGACAUUCCCACAAUAUCUGACAUGUUUAAAGUCACCAGAAAUAAAAAAGUAGGGACAAAAGUGAGGUCUAGCCUUCACACUGAGGAGCACUGACUGAAAGACAGGCAUGUACUAAUCACACAGGAGCUGUUUAUACAGUUGCUGGAAGAUUAGAAAGACUAUGAGGGAGGACAUAUGAUAACAUCAGCUGCUAUUUCCGGCAAAACCUGAAAACCCAGUGGAUUAUACUCCCUGUUCAUAAGAUUUUUACUGCACAGAUUAGAUGAGAGAGUUGUAGUUAUAAAGUGUGAGUGUGCAGCAAUGGAGAAGCUCGGUGAAGAUGGCUUUGAGAGACGUGAACAGCUUGGAGACUGGUCCACCUUCACCUCUGGACACUGGGAUGAAGAUCACAGGGACAGCAGUGGCUUUGGGGACUGGGCAAGUUUUAAAGAAGGUCUCAGUGAAGAUAUUGAAGAUACUGAAGAGUUAUCAACUCACAAAAAGCUUGGCCAUGAACAUAAGGUAGAGAAAGAUGAUGCGCCCUGGAUUGUGAUUCAUGAUUGCUUUCAUGCUGAGGAGAUGGUAAGAGAUACAAGCAUGAUGGAUGUCCUGCCACUGUCACAGCUACUGCACAACUCCACACACACUCCUCCUCCAACACUACUAAGAAAGGGUGCCAGCUUUUAUCACAGGCUGUUGUGUGAUCCGAAGCCUCCGAGCAUGACUCGUCCUACAAAACCCAACUUGCAUUCCCACAAGUUGCUCACUGACACACUACAGCUCAAACAGACCAACACUUCAAAGAACACAGAUAUACCUCAACUUGGGUUCGAGAAGCCUGAAAGUUCCCCAGCUGCUCUCAUCCAAACGAAGUUAACGCCACCCAUGUGGAGUCAGAAUUCACCUGGAUUCUUCUACCAGAUCUCGCACCAGUGGUUCGGACAGUACAGUUUGAGACUACAGAAUCAUCAGGGCAAGAAAGACCUGCUGUAAUGACACACACUGCCUUCUACAGUGAAUCACUGAUAUACAGAAAAUAACCACAGUUUUUCUAAUACCAUAGAAAUAUCAUCAGGUCUAAACUAACACAGGAAAUAACUAAAAUAACAUGGGACAUUAUGCGCUUCACACAUAAAUACAUUCUAAAAUACUUGUUACAAAAAAAUUCAAUGUGUGUAUACACACGCAUGGUUCUUGCUAGAUACAAAAAUAUUAUACCCAAAACCAAAGGCAAAAAAAACAAAAAAAAAACAACAUUUAUACUCAUGCCUACGGUAAUAAUAUAAGGUGCUUACAUACAGUAAAAGAAUUAUACAAAACAAAUUUUAAACCAUGAAGGUUUGUUGCUUUACAUUCAAGGCUUAAAUACAUACUCUAAAGUCACAAAGCAUGUUUUACUCACUAGGACUAGGACUCAUUAUAAGUUCUUCAAAAAUAACAAAAUUGCACAAUUGCCAUCUCAAGAUCAAUUGUAAUACACUUGAACUAUAUGUUUAUUUUUCUACCUCAAUUAUGUUUAUUUCUAUGUGAAAACAAUUAUUGGAAAUGAAGCCUGUAUUUAGACAAUAUAUCCUAUAGCUUAUUAGGAGGCUGAGGUGAGAAUACAAGGUCAGCCAUGAUCCUGCAACUGUAGGCUGUAAAUUAGUACUUGAACAAUCUUUGACAUAAAACAUUGCCUUCUAGUUGUUGAAGACAUUACAUAAUGUAUUGUUACUUUUGUCUACAGUGGUAUCUCAACAGGGGCAACUGAUGCAGAGCCCCACCAUCAUUUAUUCAUUCAACAAAAGUUAGCAAGCAUGGGGAAGUUUAGUAAGGAUUAGUUUCACUAAGUAGUUUCACUAAGUUUAUUGUCGCACUUAGUAGUCAAAAAUGGGACUUGGAAUAAGCUCUCAUGGGAGGCAAUUAGUGCCAGGAAUCGCUCUGCCCUUCUCUGCUCACUGAAAUGUUUUAGUGGUGAGGAGCAGCAGACACACAGUUACUAGCAUAAAAUCAGUUUUUAAACAGAUAUAUUGCCAAGAUUUGGUAGAAGAAAUAAUGUGGAGAGGACAAUAUCUUGCAUCAAAAAUAUGUGUGAACUACUUAUAUGUAAAUACAUGUGAAGGGCUGUUCCUGAAUCAGUUCCUGAUUUUUGAUGGACUAGUUUUAGAUGCUUUCAUUUGGUUUGUUCUAUUAUAGCCUUACUAAUAAAAUUAAUUGGAUAGAAACCUAUUUAGUGAAGUGUGAUAGCCUCUAAACUUAAUUUUGUUGAGGCUAUAUAGCUAUUAAUGUUGUUCUGCACACUAAUAUCUGUGGUCAAAAACCACUGGAUUAUUUUGUAAAGCAGUUAAAAAUACUGUUUUGAACUGAAGGAAUUAAAAAAAACUUUAAAGUAUUUUAUUUAAUAUAAGUACGGUAUAAGCGGCACUUUUUUCGAACGGUGUUGAUUAAUAUAUUUAACAAUAAAUACAGUACAUCAAACAGAUAACUACCAUGUAGGUGAAAAUAUCUGUGUAUAAGAUUGAGACAAUAAUGUGAUACUGUAUACUGUGUACUUACUACAUGUGCUUCAGCAUUGCUUUAAAAAAGUUAUAGAAAAAUAUUUUAUUUAUUUUUGCAAUAAUAAUAGGUUAUAGGUUACACACAGAAACCAACAGUAAUAAAAUAAGAUUCCAUGCAGAUGACUUCAACUCUCAUGUUGUCAAGGUCGCAUUCUUAUUAGUUUCUAAUUCCUAAUGGUUAAACUUUUGAACUGAAGAAAGCAACUAGUCCACAACAGCAGUGAUAACAGCUGCCUUGUCAAGUGAAACUUAACCAACAAUAACCUCAACACAUUUCUGUAAAAUGAACAAGGCGUUAGAAACAAACCAAAAAAAAAAAAAAACAGAACAGCAUCAGGACUUUCUGUUUUCUUUUUUGUAGGUUUCUGUUACAGAAACGUUGCCUGAAGUUUACAUGGAAAUAAUCACUUGACUCACAUCAUAAUGUAUUCAUUAAUCAAAAAUAAUAAAACGUUUCAGAUUUC